GGAGCGGAGGACGGUGGGAAGAUUGGCUGCAGCAGUAGCGGUAGCGGAGGCGGUGGUGAGUCUGUUGACGGCGAUAUUCAUAGUAUUGGUGAGGAAAGCGUGGUUGGCAACACGGCCACCACAGCCUCGGUCCUCGGUUCCUUUGCUGGCGACGGGCAACGUGGCGAUGAGAACGGUGCGGGAGCGAGUGCUGUGAGGUUGAGGGAAGGCGUGGCUAACGAGGGGGUGCAUGUGGAGCCCAGCGCUGCGGCUGGGAGAGUGGCUGAUGUGGCUGCGGCUGGGGGUGCAGCUGAUGUGGCUGCGGUUGUUGCACCUAGGAAAAGGGGCAGGCCACGGCGGCAGGUGGCUGCGACGCCGCGGUAAGUGAC